CCUUACCAUAAUGAUUUUUCAUCCCAAGAAUUCCUUGACACUUUCUUGCAAAUUUGCUGAAAUAAUUGAAUUUUCAUUCCACUCCUUCCGAAAAUAGUUCCUGAAUUCCACCUACUUCCUCUGCCAUUUUUCUUCAAUAGUCUCUUAAAUAGUUUGGCCCAACUCUUGGCAGGUAGAAAUUGAGGUGUGGAUAUUAAUGUGGAGAAACGUGGUAAAAGUGGAGAAAAGAAAAAGAACUAGUCUUGAUCCUUCCAGUUUUUAACUCCAGCCCUGAUUACACUAGAUUCAUGGCUUGGAGUGUAACCUAAUUUAUCUUCAGUCUGAUUCUUCCUUCUAUCCUUGUAACUCUCCACAGAGAAAUACCGUUAGCUCAAUGACCUGGGAAAACCACUCAGUGUUGCUGGAAUUUGUGUUCCUCGCCUAUCCCUCCUGCCUAGAACUGCGUAUUCUGUCCUUCCUUGGGGUCAGCGUGGUUUACGGAUUGAUCAUCACUGGGAACAUCCUCAUUGUGGUGUCCAUUCACACAGAAGCCUGUCUAGGCACACCCAUGUACUAUUUCCUGGGCAGCCUUUCUGGGAUUGAAAUAUGCUACACCGCAGUGGUGGUGCCCCAUAUCCUGGCCAACACCCUACAGUCAGAGAAGACCAUCACCCUUCUGGGCUGUGCCACCCAGAUGGUUUUCUUCAUUGCACUGGGCAUUGCUGAUUGCUUCCUCUUGGCUGCCAUGGCCUAUGACCGCUAUGUGGCCAUUUGCCACCCCUUGCAGUACCCUCUCCUCAUGACAUUGACUCUUUGUGUCCGCUUGGUUGUGGCAUCAGUCAUCAGUGGUCUGUUCCUGUCCUUACAACUGGUGGCUUUCAUCUUCUCUCUGCCAUUCUGCCGGGCUCGGGGCAUUGAGCACUUCUUUUGUGAUGUGCCACCAGUCAUGCAUCUUGUUUGUGCUCACAGUCAUGUUCAUGAGCAGUCAGUUCUGGUGGCAGCCACACUAGCCAUUGCUGUGCCUUUCUUCCUCAUCACCACAUCCUACACCUUCAUAGUGGCUGCUGUGCUCAAGAUCCACUCGGCUGCUGGCCGCCACCGGGCCUUCUCCACCUGUUCCUCUCAUCUCACUGUGGUGCUGCUGCAGUAUGGCUGCUGUGCCUUCAUGUACCUGCGCCCCAGCUCCAGCUACCACCCCAAGCAAGAUCAGUUCAUCUCACUGGUGUACACAUUGGGAACCCCACUGCUCAACCCACUCAUCUAUGCCCUGAGGAACAAUGAGAUGAAAGUGGCCAUAAGGAGAGUUUUUACCAGGAACUGCCUUUCUCAGAACAGCUAGGAUAGAUGAGAGGACAAUCUAUCAGGCAAGUAUUUGGUUCCAGCCCAUCAAAUCUCUAUGAAAAUGGGACUUCUAUCAUUUGAUGUUAAAACUCACCUAAAAGAUGGUAUAAAUAUAUGGAUACUGUUUAUUUAUUUGUACCAAUGAUUUUUAAAUGUUUCUAUAAUUUGACUCAGUAAUUUCUCUUCUCAGAAAGAACUACAUGAACAAAUGGGCAUAAGGUGAUCUAAAGUGGCAAGUAUAAUACUUUGUUUACCAGCUGGGAAGAGAUAGCUCAUUCAGUAGUUUCUAACUAAAAAAUAUUUUUAAAGGAUUAUCUGCAGUGGUUAUGGGUAAGGAAACCAAGAAAGGGUGGCAGGACACUAACAUUCUAGCAAUAACAGAAAGAUUUCUCAGCCCUAGACCUAAAAGGCAUGCAAUAAAAGAAGGGUGCAAUAUUAACAGAGUCCAGUGACAGCUAGAUCUAAGGAGAUAAACAACUUGGUAGAAACUGUGGCAUCAGAAAUAACAGAAACUAUGACAGAACUAUGGCCAUGCAAGGAAGAGACAGGGAAGUUAAUACCCCAGCAUCUCUCUGCUCAAAAUCUUCCAUUUCUUGUCCUGUCUCCAUGGGCCAAACUCAACUGGCAGCAAAAGGGGAGGAUAGACUGGGUGAAUCAAUCCACUGAAGUCAGUCUCCUAGGACAUAGGGAAAGGCAGACAAAAACCUUGA